GGGAGGGCCCAAGGCGGCCGCUCCCCUGGGGCCCCAGCAAACCUCCUUUCCCUGGUGCCUCCUCCCCGCAAUCAUCUGUACCCCUCUUCCUUGCCCACCUCCAUAAGCGCCAUCAUUGGCCACUAGCAAGGGGAGCCGGAGAAGGGGGCUGGCCCGAGGAAUACGACCCCUGAUAUGUCGAAGAAGGUGGUAAAAGGAAAAGCUCGGAAGCCGCCGACAUGCUGUCAGAGGUGCCUAGCACGGUUCUCGCCCUGCUGCUGGAAGGGAGGACGGGAGUACUCCCCACCAGGAGCCACUGCCGAGAAUGGAGGGGGGAAGAAGAAGCAGAAGGAGAAAGAACUUGAUGAACUGAAAAAAGAAGUGAACCUGGAUGACCACAGGCUGUCUCUGGAUGAACUCAGCAGGAAGUAUCAAGUGGAUCUGUCCAGGGGUCUGACCAAUGUCCGGGCGGCAGAGAUCCUCGCCCAAGAUGGCCCCAAUGCCCUGACGCCUCCCCCGACCACCCCGGAAUGGGUCAAGUUCUGUCGGCAGCUCUUUGGGGGCUUCUCCAUCCUGCUGUGGACUGGGGCCGUCCUCUGCUUCCUGGCCUAUGGCAUCCAGGCGGCAAUGGAGGAGGAUGUCGCCAACGACAAUCUCUACCUGGGUGUGGUGCUGGCAGCAGUCGUGAUAGUGACUGGAUGUUUCUCCUACUACCAGGAGGCCAAAAGCUCCAAAAUUAUGGAAUCCUUCAAAAAUAUGGUGCCUCAGCAAGCCCUGGUGAUCCGGGAAGGAGAGAAGAUCCAAAUCAACGCUGAGAACGUGGUGGUGGGAGACCUGGUGGAAGUGAAAGGAGGAGACCGGGUUCCCGCAGACUUGAGGAUUAUCUCUUCCCAUGGCUGUAAGGUGGACAACUCCUCCCUGACUGGCGAAUCGGAGCCCCAGACCCGUUCCCCAGAGUUCACACACGAUAACCCGCUAGAGACGCGCAACAUCUGCUUCUUCUCCACCAAUUGUGUAGAAGGCACCGCCCGUGGCAUUGUCAUCUCGACGGGGGACCGCACUGUGAUGGGCCGCAUCGCUUCCCUGGCUUCCGGCCUGGAAGUGGGCCGCACCCCCAUUGCCAUGGAGAUUGAGCAUUUCAUCCGUAUCAUCACUGGGGUGGCUGUCUUCCUGGGCAUGUCUUUCUUCAUCCUCUCCCUCAUCCUUGGAUAUUCCUGGCUGGAAGCUGUCGUCUUCCUCAUUGGCAUCAUUGUAGCCAACGUCCCCGAAGGGCUCCUGGCCACUGUGACGGUGUGCCUGACCCUGACCGCCAAGCGCAUGGCUCGUAAGAAUUGCCUGGUGAAGAACUUAGAGGCUGUGGAAACACUGGGCUCCACCUCCACCAUCUGCUCAGACAAGACGGGUACCCUGACCCAGAACCGCAUGACUGUUGCCCACAUGUGGUUUGACAACCAGAUCCACGAAGCAGACACCACCGAGGACCAAUCGGGGGCCACCUUCGACAAGCGCUCCCCCACCUGGACAGCCCUGGCCCGCAUUGCAGGCCUGUGCAACAGGGCCGUCUUCAAAGCGGGGCAGGAGAACAUCCCCAUCUCAAAGAGGGACACCGCCGGCGACGCAUCUGAGUCCGCCCUCUUGAAGUGCAUCCAGUUGUCCUGUGGGUCUGUCAAGAAGAUGCGGGAAAAGAACCCCAAAGUGACAGAGAUCCCCUUCAACUCCACCAACAAGUACCAGCUGUCCAUCCAUGAAGUCGAAGAAAAACCUAAUGGCUAUAUGCUAGUGAUGAAAGGAGCCCCCGAGAGGAUCCUGGACUGCUGCUCCAGCAUCCUGUUGCAAGGACAAGAAGUUCCCCUUGACGAGGAGAUGCGGGAUGCCUUCCAGAAUGCUUACCUUGAACUGGGGGGGCUCGGCGAAAGAGUGCUGGGCUUCUGUCACGUCUACCUCCCGGAAGACCAGUUCCCCCGAGGAUUUAAGUUCGACGCGGACGAAGUCAACUUCCCCAUCACCAACCUCUGCUUCGUGGGGCUCAUGUCCAUGAUCGACCCGCCUCGAGCCGCCGUGCCAGAUGCCGUGGGGAAAUGUCGAAGUGCUGGGAUUAAGGUGAUCAUGGUGACCGGAGACCACCCAAUCACUGCCAAGGCCAUCGCCAAGGGGGUGGGCAUCAUCUCUGAGGGAAACGAGACUGUAGAGGACAUUGCGGAGCGGCUCAACAUUCCCGUCAACCAGGUCAAUCCCAGGGAAGCCAAGGCUUGUGUGAUCCAUGGCUCGGACCUGAAGGACAUGACCUCUGAGCAACUGGAUGAGAUCCUCAAGAACCACACCGAGAUUGUCUUCGCCCGCACUUCCCCGCAGCAGAAGCUCAUCAUUGUGGAAGGUUGUCAGAGGCAGGGGGCCAUUGUGGCAGUGACGGGAGACGGGGUGAACGAUUCGCCUGCCCUGAAGAAGGCCGACAUUGGCAUUGCCAUGGGCAUCGCCGGGUCCGAUGUCUCCAAGCAGGCGGCAGACAUGAUCCUCCUGGAUGACAACUUCGCCUCCAUUGUCACCGGCGUGGAGGAAGGCCGCCUGAUCUUCGACAACCUGAAGAAAUCCAUCGCCUACACCCUAACCAGCAACAUUCCAGAGAUCACUCCUUUCCUCUUGUUCAUCAUCGCCAACAUCCCUCUGCCCCUGGGUACCGUCACCAUCUUGUGCAUUGACCUGGGCACAGACAUGGUCCCCGCAAUCUCCCUGGCCUACGAGGCUGCGGAGAGUGACAUCAUGAAGAGGCAGCCGCGCAACUCCAAGACGGACAAGCUGGUGAAUGAACGCCUCAUCAGCAUGGCCUACGGGCAGAUCGGCAUGAUCCAGGCUCUGGGUGGCUUCUUCACCUAUUUUGUGAUCCUGGCUGAAAACGGCUUCCUUCCUACCACCUUGCUGGGAAUCCGAUUGGACUGGGACGACCGCUCCAUGAAUGACUUGGAGGACAGCUAUGGCCAGGAGUGGACGUACGAGCAGCGGAAGGUGGUUGAGUUCACCUGCCACACAGCCUUCUUUGCCAGCAUCGUGGUGGUGCAGUGGGCUGACCUCAUCAUCUGCAAGACCAGGAGGAACUCCGUCUUCCAGCAGGGCAUGAAGAACAAAAUCCUGAUCUUUGGCCUUCUCGAGGAGACCGCUUUGGCCGCCUUCCUGUCGUACUGCCCUGGAAUGGGGGUAGCUUUGCGCAUGUACCCGCUCAAGGUCACUUGGUGGUUCUGUGCCUUCCCAUACAGCUUGCUGAUCUUCAUCUAUGAUGAGGUCCGGAAACUCCUCCUCCGUCGGUAUCCAGGCGGCUGGGUGGAGAAGGAGACCUACUACUGAGCCGCCGGCGGCAGUGCGGUCAGCGCCUCCUUGUUGCUCUGUGGGCCAACCUCCUGGGCAUCCCUUAGAACCUGUAGUCGACUUUGCGUGGGGCGGGGCAGGGCGGGGCGGGGCGGGAGAGUCUUGUCUGUGGGGCCAGACACUCAUGCACACUCUACUCACAUAGCUCUCACCUUUAACCAUUCACCAUUAGGCACUAACCCCACUGGGGCGGGGAGGGGGGCGGGGAGCACAUGGACGGGGUUGCUGAGCCGGGGGGGGGGGAGAAAGCGGCGAGACUGACCGCCAAGUGGGAACACGCUCAGGCCCACACCAGGGAAGCCAGAAGGCCAGGGUGAGGGGAUGGGGAGAGCGAUCAGGCAAGCUGGCAUUGUUUGUGGGAGAGAGAGAGAGAGAAAGAGGAGGUCUCAUCUGGGGGGAGUUCCUGACGUGGGACAAAAGAGCCACCAGGAGAGGGGGGCAGAAAGGGGGCUGAGCCCAUUUCCUCCGCCUCGCGCACACUCCAGAAGCAGGGGUGAAAUCUUGGCCCUUCCCCUUGGCCUGUGUCCCUUCCGCUCACCUCGGCGUUCUCUCCACGGACAGGAGACGCAAGCAUAUGGCACCUUGGAUGUGUUGGGAAAGAUGCAAUAAAAGUAAUUUAACCAGUU